GUUCAAAUUUGACACUUGAAAACUAAGAACCGAUUUUAUUUCAGCUUCUGUCGAUUAUGAUUCUAUGUCCUAUUGAGUUGCAUCAUUUUCAAACGUCUUAUUUGAGGCAAACACGUUGAACCAAAAUCUUCACUGCACAUAACUGUAGGAAAUCGAACCUGAGGCAGCAUUAUCUUUUACCGUCGUUUUCCCAUAUACAGAACAUAAAUCGCCUGACAUCUGCAGAUAAGGUAAAGUUUGAAAGGGAGAAAAAUUGAAAAAAUAAAAUAAAAAAUAACAAAAAUUGCAAAAAAAUAAAAGGAAAAGAAGGAGUGAUUCUAGCUCAGCCAGAUGCAACCACCGCGCAGCGGCGAGCUGAGCCGGAGCGACGGCGGGCUCGCCAGAUACCGGUCGGCUCCGGCGACUUGGCUCGAAGCUCUACUCGAAUCGGACGACGAGCAGCAGCAGCCGGAGCCAGACGAGGCGGGUUUAGAUAUCCCCAAACCGCCGGCGGAAGCUCCGGCCUCCGACGUCGAUCUGGCGCUGCUGGAGUCCACCGGCGCCAGCGCCGGUGGUUUGAGCAAUUUCCUGAGGAUGAAUAGUUCUCCGGCCGAGUUUCUGUCACUGCUCAACGACUCCGAAGGGUACUUCCCUAAUUUGGGGGUUCCGGCGGGUUAUGGUUUUGCUCCGGCGUCACCUCCGGCGAAGCGCGCUCGCGACGCGGAGGAUUUGGUGGGGCUUUCGCCCAAAUUGUCGCCGCCGUCGUCUUCCUCUCCUGUGAAAAUAGAGAAAGGCGAAUGGUUGCAAGGCGAAGUUGGUCGGCAGAUAGAUGUUGAGAUGGAGAAUCUGUUGGAGGAGUCAGUUAUGUGUAAGGUUCGGGCAAAACGUGGCUGUGCUACCCAUCCUCGCAGCAUUGCCGAAAGGGUGAGAAGGACGCGGAUUAGUGACAGAAUACGGAAGCUACAGGAACUUGUUCCCAAUAUGGACAAGCAAACGAACACUGCAGACAUGUUAGAUGAAGCCGUAGCUUACGUCAAGUAUUUACAGCAACAAAUCCAGAUGGACAUACGUCAAAUACCAUGUCUACUUAAACGAAUUAGAUACUCGCGCAUUUACAGGAACUCACUGAGGACCAGAAGAACUGCAAAUGCUCGACGACAAACUGAAAGUAAACUGGGAAAGUUAUCCUCCAAAUCAAAUCCCACGAGAACUUGCAGGAAGAAGGGGAUUUCUUCUUCGGGAAAUGCUAUUAUGUGGUCACAUGAUCGAGAAGAAUGGCUCUUUCUUUAUCAUAAGCUCCUGGACACACCCUUGAUGCAUCCUGAAAUAACACUUGGAGCAUUCAAAUGCUAUAUCAUCACUCUCCCUUAUGCUUUUCCCACAAUGGCCACACGGGUAUCCAUCGACCGAAACAGCCCGAACGCAGGCAACCGGACACUCAUGGAAUCCGACCGAAACCUCAAAACCGAACUUAAUCUUUGA